AUGGAUGACUUUACAAUUUAUAGUACUAUUUCUACAACUGCUUUUUUACAGGUUCCACAUUUAUACACCACAAACAGAUUGUGGAAGCCCAUUGAAUCACCGUUUUUACUCGAACUUGUCCAAAACAAUGUGAAUUCCAAAGAAAUUGUAAACAGAAAGGCGAUUUGCCACGUAGAACCAUCGUGGAUAAAUUUAGGUGGCACAUUUGUUAACGAUGACAUGAUCUCAAUAAAGGCUACUAGUAGCAAUAUGGAACGCAAUACCAUUAGUCGAGUUUCCUUACCCUUUCCCAUGCAUGGGGAUGACCCCGCGGUAGAAUUGGAAAAGAUGAAACGUGUACUAGCAGAUCUAAGUGAAAAAUUUAAUUUGGAACUAAUCGUUACUAAUGAACCGGCUUAUUUGGCAUCAAAGCCAACCAGCGAAAACAAUGAGUCAUGGCUUUACUUACAUGCACUAGGAUUGGAGUCCAAUUUAAUGGAAUGCGAACCCCAGUUAUUGGCAUUUUUGGAUUUGAUAAAGAAGAAUGGGAUGACUUUGCCUCCACAACACUACAUCGUCGAGCCAAUGGAAUUGGACUCUUAUUCAAUUCUCCCCUUAUACAUGGGAGUAGAUAUGGCUAAUUUCAAAUAUAUAUCGAACGUUUUCAAAACCAGUAUUUACGCUCCUGCCCUUAUGACUUUGUCCGCGGAUUUUAGGGCAAAUCCACAGAUAUUUUUCUCUGGAACCAUCCAUUCGUUAACUUUAUUAGCCAAGAAAACCUUACAAGAGUCCGUCGACCUUGGUUCAAAGAAGUUUUUUUAUCGCAGAUUGACGAAUAUUACUCCAGGAAAAUUACUAUUCAUUCAAAAAUAUCGCCAACAAAAAAUAAACCAGUUAAUUUUGAAAUACCAAUCGCUGAUUAGGGUCACUAAUGAACACAUUGAAUUUCAAUCGAUUUCUACAAACCUUUUAGAGAUGGUAAUAAAAAAUUUUACCAUCCAUGUCCUACAUGAGAUUGUAGAAGUGCAAAUUUCCCUCAAUGAAAACUGCGAAGUUUCUUCAAAAGUAAUAAUUGAUAAUAUUUUUAGCAACCCAGAAAGCGAAGUCAUAGUAGUUACUCCAGGAAAAGAAUCGUUUAAUCAAUUAAUGAUUGUCGGCAAUCAAUUCUCGACUAACAAAGCAUCUGAUAAUUCCAUAAUACAUUAUUUAUCCCAUUUUAUAACUGGCCCAAAUAAAAUCAUUAAUUCGAAUCUAAGACAAAUUAAAGCCAUUUUUGAAAUUCAUCCAGAUUUUGAGGACUUCAUAUCGGGUAAAAAAAAUGGUAAGCUGACACGUAUAAUGGAACUAUCCGCUUGCUUGAUCCAAUUGGAAAUGGAAGAAGAGGAUGAUAAUCUCUACCUAAAUUUGGUUAGUGAUUGUUUCUCCGAUUUCACAAAAUCGUUCAAAGAUGUCAUGAAUGAAUUUCCUGCUGAAGAAUCAUUUUUCAUUCCAGAAGUUUACCAUAGACCUAUUAUAGGCACAGGUGGGUCAUUGAUUCAAGCUACAAUGAGGAAACACAACGUCUUUAUCCAAUUUUCCAAUAGUUUCAAUUUCCCACAAAACAAAAUCUCUAUGGUUAGAUAUGACAAUGUAAUAAUCAGAUGCCCCAGGAAAAACAAAGCAAAUAUUUGCUUAGCUAAGAGGGAGUUGAAAGAUAUUGUCCAAGAGUACAAUAACUUACAAUCGAGAACGCCUAUUAGGUUCUCUAAUGGGCAGUAUAGACAUGUCUUGAACGUCAAUGGCGAAAAAAAUAUUAUAGGCCAAAUUGAAAAGAAUGAGAAUGUUUAUAUCGUGAUACCCUUGGAAGAACCUUUAGAUGGGAAUGUGCAACUAUCCGUAAGAGGUAAUGAUGAGAAUACAGUAAAGGCUGCUAAUGAAUUGGUGAAUGGCGCGUUUGGUCAUGAAUACGAACUUAGAAUAGAUAAACCUAUAGAUGCUCGCAAGGAGUAUGAGUUCUAUAAUCUGAUCGUUGUUCCUUUUCUGCAAACUAUGAAUAUAAUUGUCACUUUUGAGAAAGACCUUAUCACUUUCACUAUUGAAAAGGAUACAAGUGAAAACACUCUAACUAAAGCAACCGAAUUGCUAUCUGAUUACAUGGGAACACAAAAGAGGAAAAUAAUAUUCAAGAAACUGAUCAAAGAUUUUGUUUUACCGCCCACAACCAACAAGAGUAAUGCUAACCACAAUGCUACUAAUGGUAAUUCGAAACCAAUGCAUAGUUCCAAAAAUCGUAACGCGACCAUCGAUAAUAUCAACUCUUUGGGAAGUCCACCACAACGUCAAACAAACAGCCUCAACUACAAAAUGCCAGGCGUGACACCAGCAGAGGGAGCUCGGGCCAUCAAGGGAUACAUACCUAAUACUUAUUACAACGGACUUGGUUACGGCUAUGGUUAUACGUAUGAGUACGAUCGUAAUUAUACGAGUUUCAAUCAAACUCAAGCCAACCACAGGCAAAACUAUCAAAAUGGUAGAAAAUGA